CUUGCUCACUCGCUUCUGUCGCCGUCCGUGCCGGAGAGUGCGGCAGUGUAAUUUGUGCGAGGCGAUAAGAGCGCGCAGCUUCGAUUCAAAAACUUUUCUCGGAAGCGUGCCGCUCGCCGACAGAUACGCUGGAGUCACGUCAUUGUUCGCCGUCAACCGUCCUCGUCGCCGCCGUCGCUCGCGAUAGUGAUCCGCGCGCGUCUAAUUAAAGAGGGCGACGCGUCCGCCGGGAUAUUUCGCGCGUUUCUCGGGCGCGCCAUAACUCGCGCGACGAUCGCAGGCGCGAAUCGACUCGACUCGCCGCGCGAUCUUCGAUCAUUCGCCGGUUCGUGCAGCGGCCCGUGCAGCGCGUGUCGCCGUCGGCCGCUGAGUCGCUGCAUCUCCCUCUUCCUCUUUCUCUCUUUCCGUUGCCUCUCUUUCUUUCUUUCUCUCUGUCGCGCUCGUUACGUGGAGCAGCGUGGACGCGCGUCGCGCUCGUCGGCGCCUCGAAGGAUUUAUCGCGCGCAGCGACGAGAGCACGCGGCGAUGAUAGCGCGCGCGCCAGAGUGAGCUCGAUAGAGCGCGGCUGUGAUAGUGAUAGAGACAAGAGAGCGGUUCCUUCGGCUGCGCGAUCCCGCGGAGCGGCGCGAGAGGAAACACGAUCGACGUCACCGGCGGACGGACGAACGAACGAAUUGACUGACUGACGUACGAGCGCGCCAUCGAUGGCGAGCUCUCUAUAUAUCGCGAACGUUCCGGUGAUAUUGAAAAUAAUCGUCCUGCGAGAAGCGCGACGUAGGAUUUAAAUUUGGUAUCGGCGCUGCGUGCCGUGCACGGGACGGGCCAGCCACCCGCUCGUUCGCUCGCUUUCGCGCUCGCACGAGGGACCGCGAUCGAGCGCGCGUGAGCCGCGUCGAGACGUGGGCGAGACGGAGAGGGAAAAUCGGGCUACCCGGUGUGCGCGGCGCGACGCGGGUCGCGGUGUGGACACACGGUGCGACGCGCGUUCCUAAAGCGAAGACUUGUACGUUUUUAAAGGUGCGAAAGCUCAUCGUCGCUCGUUGGUACCUAUUGCUGUCAUCAUUGUCGUCAUUGUCGUCAUCGGCAUCAUCAUCAUCAUCAACGUCCCCGUUGUCACGGUCAACCUCGACAGUGGCGGUAGUAACGUUGAAUGAAUGGUUAGCACUCGGUCACGAGGUAACGUCGCGUCCCGGUGAUCGUCGACAGGAGAAAUCACGAAGAUGCAUCCGAACCUGGUGGAAGCGCGUAUAGCUCUCGAGGACCAGAUUCUUGAAGCGAUCGAUCAACUGCGUAAACGUAAAGCACGGCCCGAUGCCGACCGCAUCUGCAACUUUCUGCUGAGGAAGUACUCAGUGGAUGCUCGCGACACAAUCGCUGAUCUGCAUCGGUUGAUCGAGGUCGAGAAGGUGAUACAAGUGGAUUACAAGGGACACACGAGCUACCGCAACGCGUCCAAAUGGUCACGUCUGCAACUUUACAAGAACCGACCGGAGGGUUUCAUCAAGGAGAAGCUCAACUCGAACAUGAUAUCGACCGCGGUCUCCGAACUCGUCGUCGGUGAGCCGGACUAUCUGGACCAGGGCGUGCCCGCCGGUCGGCUGAUCGAGCAGCUACUCGAUGGCGUUUCGAGCCCGACGUCCCGACGCAUGGUCGAGGAGUUUCUCAACAAGGAAGUCGCAUGCGGCAACAUCACGCGCCUGUCCAACGGCAAUUACACGCUGGUGGCGACGUCCGAUGUGUCGACGCCCGCGGCGCCGGACGCGCCGCGACGCGAUUCUGCGACGUCGUCGACCACGGCCGCCGCCGCCACCACCCCCGCCUCCGCGUCGUCGCGCGGCUCUCAGCAAAACGGCAACUCGGCGCGACGUGUCGGCAAGGGAACAGCCGCCAGCAAGACUACCAGCAGCCGCAGCAGCAGCAGGAGCAGUAGCAGGAGCAGCAACGGUAGCGGCGCGACUAUAAGAAGGAGGAAAAAGGCGAUGAUGGCGGCGACAAAGGUUACCGCCGCGGCUACGACGGUAACUGCAGCUACGUCUACGGCCACGACUACGACCGCAACUAUGGUUACGGCCACGACCACGGCGACGACCACGACUGCAACGACAACCACCACUACCACCACCACCACCACCCCGUCCGUCACCCCAGCUACGACGAAGGCGCUGACAGCUGCUGCGGUGGCGAAAACAUUGGCCGAGGCCGCGGCGGAACUUUACGAGUUCAACGAAACUGACAAUCUCACGCCUACCGAUUCUAGAUCGACUACGCCACGGCUGUCACGGCAAACCAGCCCGAAGAUGGAUCAGCCAGACGUGAAGAAGACCGAGCCGAUGGAGGUCGUAGUCAACAAGAGUGACAGUGUUGAGAGCACUGAUGUAUCGCCGACCGAGACGAUGGAGUGCGACGACAAGCAAGAACGUGCUCCAGAGGAGGCACUCGUCUCACCUCCCGUCGUGGAAGAGUCACCCAAGUGCAACGACGUCGUCCAAACGACGCCUAACCUCAAAAGGCCCACCAAAGCUGAGCGUAAGCAGCGUUUGUUUGUGAGAACGGAAGACCCAAUGGACAUAAAGUUCGAGGAUGAUCCCAGGGACAGUAAGGAAGAGUUGGAAGCGCUCAAGGACAAACGAGAUGAGACAGAUCGACGGUCAAGUGAUGAUCGCGAGGACGAGGAAGCCGGCAGAAGCUCCACGAAUACAUCACCAACACCGUCCAACGUAAACGCCAGUGGAUUCCGCAGCGCACGUAGAAAAAGAGCAAAAAAGGUCUUUGACCCCUCGGACAACAAUCUAGUAAAACGAAAACGUGGCAGACAGCCAAAUAGUCAAAAUAAAAAUGCACUAACUCAGGAUUCCCAGGAUGUCACCAAAGUACUCCUCAAGGAUGGACCCUGCAGACAGUGUAGUCUUUGUGCCAAAGAGAAGCAAGAAGCAUUGAUAGCUUGUAGAGACUGCACAGUACGAGCACACCCAAGUUGUAUUUAUAGCCCAGAGGAGAUGAUUCAGAAGGCCAAUACUAAUUGGCAGUGUGAGCGCUGCAAAAGUUGUACAGUAUGUUGCGAAACUUCUGAUGCUGGUCCCCUGGUGACUUGUUUCAGCUGCGACGAUGCCUAUCACUACUACUGCCAUACACCGCGUGUCACAACGCCGAAAACGAACUCCAAAUGGUACUGCAACGAUUGCUUGCAGAAGCAGUACAAGACGAACGUCACCAGUCAGAAUGUUAACUCGAUUAACACGAGUAGACCGAAUACUCCGUCCAAUACACCUGUUUUACCACCGGUCCUUAGCCCGCAAGUCUCUCCCGCCAGGGGUUCUGAUCAAAUGGAAGACGAUGCUCCAAGAGACAAAAUCGAUCCUAAUAUACCGGAUGCCUCUGAUUGGACUUCCGAGCAAGUAUAUCAGUAUUUUGCCAGGCUAUUUCCCAAAGAAGCCGAAGUUUUUAGACAUCAGGAAAUUGACGGUCAUUCACUUCUUUUGUUGAAACGAUCGGACGUGCUGACUGGACUUGACUUACUCCUGGGGCCUGCAUUAAAGAUUUACCGACACGUCCUGAAACUUCAAGUGCGCAGAGACGAUCCCAAGCUCUAUUGGUUAUAAUACAAGGACGAUAUCUUGCAUGUGAUCAAAAGCGCCGAUUUUUUCCCGGUGUCGUUUUGUAUAGUGUACAAAUUGCGAGCCUUCGUAUUGAUUAAGAUCGCGACUUUAUCUGAUUUUUCAAUUAAAGUCAUUCAAUCUAUGUAAAUACAAGUGAUUUAUUUUUGUAUUAUUUCAAUCGUCUCUUGUGCGAAACGUGAUCGAUCUGUAGACGGAAGUAUACGUACAUAGAGACAGGAUAAUGCUUUAUACUUGAAAUUGUAACGAUAUUAUUUGCAGCAUGUUUUUUGUAACUUUUAUAAGUACUUCGUUAUAUAAUAUUGCAUCUACAUACACAAAUGAAUAUAGAAAGGGGCACAAAUAUUCUUACGUAUACAUAUAUUGCUUAAAAUUUCAAUCCCAUUUAGGUACUGUUGUAUUUCGAAGUACUUGAAAAGUUUAAAUAAGUUCCAGUAAGUUUGUUACAUUAUGUAAUGAUAUAAUGUUUAUUAUAUUUUCUAACUGCUUACUCUUAUGCAGAAUAUAAUUCGUAUGUUUCAUAAUACUUGUGACACAUGGCAUAGAAACUCCUGUUUAUGUCUACGUAGUGUUAUGUUUCCAAGUAUUCAUGAAAAGUUCAAACAUGCUACAGAUGUUAUUGGUACUAUUCAAAAUGUACGUAAUCCUAAUCCCUGUGUAUAAUACGUAUACACGCCGUCCUUUUAAACGUGUACGGUAUUUUCUAAGAAGAUGCAGCUAUUUUUCAUCGGAGUUGUUACUUGUUAACGUUAACUUAAGUCUAUAUUGAGAAUUUUAGACUGUUUGAAAGAAAAAAAAGAUAUGUAUGUUGAAAGAAGGAAGAUUAUUUCGAAGCGAUUAUUUAUUACAUACUUUUGUAUUAUAACAAACUUGAAUUUUAUUAUUCGGUUUUACACAUACAAAGGUAACACACAUUUAUUUGUAGAACAUAAUUAUAAGAUAUUCUGCUGAGGAACAUGGUACUUUGGUUUCACAAUGUACUUUUCUAUGCAAUAAAUAUUUUGAUAAUUACAA